AUGAUACCAAGUGGCUUUGUAGCACUGCUUCAAAUGGCUCAAACCACGCCAAAGAUAUGGGUUUCGGUACUGAUUUUCUUGCUCAUAACCAUUGUGGGCAGCUUGAAAGCCAAAGGCAUGAGUAUGAAAGAGACCAACAUGGUGUUUUACAUGCAGGACUGGAUGACGGGCCAGAACGUGACUUCGGUCUCAGUUGCCGGACUUAAUGGCAUUGAUUCAAUUCCAUCAAGGUUCGGGACCAUCGUGGUGUUCGACGAUGCACUCACCGUAGACGUCGAUAGGCACUCAAAGCAGAUAGGACGAAUGCGAGGGAUGUUUGCUGUAUCCGCCUCGGAUGACUCUGGUGUACAAUUUGGUUUCACCAUCGUGUUCACUGAUGGAGAGUACAAAGGGAGCACGCUACAGAUACAAGGUUUGGAGAUCUACUACACGGAGAAGAAGGAGUUGGUGGCACGUAGGGAGUUGUCGGUGGUCUCUGGGACGGGCUUGUUCCGAGAUGCGAGGGGCUACGUCAUGUUCGAGAACGCCUUCUUGGACAUUCCCAACUUCAAUUCCGUGCUCAAGCUGACUCUUACUGUUCACCACUAUACUGAGUUCAUGACUCUGCUCGAUCUGUCUGAAAUCUACUAG